UGGUUUGCGCCGCUCUGAAGCGGCCAGUGGGCGGGAGGACGGGCCAGGCGGGCGCCAACGGUCCCGGCCGUUCUUGAGGGGAGGCGCCCCCUCGGGGAAAGGAGAAGGAGCCGUGGGCCCAUCCACACCCAGCCUGGCUUCCUCCUUAUCCGCAGGGUCUGUUCAGCGGGGCGAUGGCAGCCGUGAGAGAAGGCGGGUCGGAAACCAAGCUCUGCGGCAACUGCAAAAAGGAGAUCCCGGACGCCAACUUCACCAUCCAUGAGAUCCAUUGCAGCAGGAACAUUGGGAUCUGCCCUACUUGCAAGGAGCCGUUCCCCAAAUCAGAGCUGAAGAAACACCAUGAGAAGGAGCACACACAGGUUUACUGCAAAUGCAGCAUGAAGAUGGACCGGGGUCAUUUAAAGGAGCAUGCGGCUUCCGAAUGCCCCUUGCGCUCGGUGACGUGCCAGCACUGUGACAUUGAGCUGGCCUUCAACCGGCUCCAGGAGCAUGAGGACUACUGUGGGGCCCGCACUGAGCGCUGCCGCCGCUGCCGCCGCAACAUCAUGCUGAAGGACCUGAGGGAGCACCCCGAGGACUGCGACAAGAUGGCUGAGGCGGCAGCCAGCCAGCCCAAGCCCUUUUUCGGGGCCGAGGCGGAUGCGCACAACAUCCAGGCCAUCCGGAACAUCUUCCACCCUGUCCAUGCCACCGAAACUGUGCCAAGGGCGAGCCACCAGCUUCCUGAUGGGCAGAUGUACAGUUGCCUCUCACGAGAGCAGCUGCCCAGGGAGUUUACCAGGAGCCCAGCAGAUCCAAGCCAAGCAGCUCACGUGGCAAAGGCGGCAGCCCCCAUAGCCUUUGGCCAGCCACCGGAGUGCGACUUGGAUUACAUGUUGGCUCUCAGCUUGCAGCAGGAGCACAGCUCCCAUGUGCACAGCGCUGCCACUGCGGUCCAAAGUGAUCUCUGGGCGAAUAUCUGUCCCAGCAAAACCAGAGCCGUGGAGAGCCUCGUCGAGGAGCCCAAUCCCUUCCCUCAGGAGGCACAGGAACCGGAGCAGCCCAAAACUGAGGCCCUCCUGCCGUGCGAAUUCUGCGAGGAACUGUACCCAGAAGAAGUGCUCAUUCUGCAUCAGACAGGAUGCAGUCCCACCAGUGCAUUGGCCUCCUACAGCAAGGGGGGUUCUUUUACCCCCCAAUCGGAUCGCCUUCACGACCUGUGGGAACAGCUGCAGAGCAACCAGGCCAUGGGCAGCGGAGAGAGGCCCACCUUCCUGCAGGACAGCCUCCUAAUUCCUUGCGAAUUCUGUGGCGCUCAGCUGGAAGAAGAAAUCCUCUUCCACCACCAGGACCAGUGUGACCUGCGCCCUGCCACUGCCUCCUCAAUGAGACGGAUGCCGGCCCUGCAAGGGAGCCCAGCCAGGGAGAAUAGGGAGGAAAGCGAGUCACCGGAGCUGCCCCGGAGACGUGUCCAUAACCAAGCUCCUGACUCCCUCUUUCCACCUCCUUCAGGGGCAAUUCUGCCUCCGUGCUUUGAGGAGUUCCGGCCCCACAAGCGCCCCCAGCCGUACCAAGGGGGCCCCUCCCGAAACAACUUGGUGACUGCCCGGCGCAUGCAGCUGGCCUCCCAUGAGAGCUGUUAUGGGAAUCCUUUUGGGCCCCCUUUGGGAGAAAAGCCCCGGGGGAGUGAGCCAAGUGCAAGCUGGUGCCCAAGCGAGCCUCCAGCUGCUCUCCUGCCCACCUGCUCUCCCCUCCACUUCUCGCUCAGCAACUACAAGUCAAGCUUUCGUGAGACUGCUCCAACCCGGACCAGCCUGAGAAACGAAGGUGGCAGGAGCCCCACUAGGCCUACCGAUUACGAGCCCGAGGAAGACCCCUGGGCUGCUGAGGCCAAGGCUGAAGAGGAGGAGGAGGAGGAGGAGGAGGAGGAGGAGGAGGAGGACUGUCUGGAGGAUGAGUAAGCAGCAGAGAAGCUGCCUGGUGGUCUUUUCUGCGUUUUGCCCAGCGCCAGGCCCUGAACAGCGCUGGUGGGCGCAAUGUUUCCUUUCCUGGGGGGUGGGGGGUGGGAGGCAGGAGGCAUGUUGUGCCACCUCCACAAGACAUGGUGGCCCCGGGGUCCUUUGGCACCUUCUUUUCUGAAUGUCUAGGGCCUCCGGGGCAAGUUUGUGUGUAGGGGUGAAGCAACCUUUUUGCCCUGCUUAACCGAUCUCGGGGAUGUUAUGCUUUCUUCUCCCGGAGUUGGGUCCCCACGAGCCAUCUCCUCUGUCCUCCGGGAAAUCCAGCCAUGUUUGAUUCCCAAAGGUUGCCCCCACUUUGGUGGGGGCCCAGUCUCUUUCUUCUCUUUUCAGCCCUCUCGUUUUGUCUUUGUUCUUCAGUGUGUUUGCGGCCACAGAGGCAGCGGGGAGGGGACUGUUGGGCAGGUGCCAUCCCCUUUUGUGGCACUUCUGCGUGCAAAUGCCAUGGUCUGCAAUACCCAAAGUGCCCAGUUUUAGAUACCUUCGAGGCCGAGAGGCUUCGUGGUGCAGGACCAAGGAAGCCGCUGUUCUUUUUCACCUCACUAUUUGUUCUGUUCUGAAGAUUAUUUUCAAUUUCUCCUAAUAAACUUGGUUUCUGUCUGUU